AUGGUAAGACGAGAUGAUCCCGAUUCGGAUAACGAGGUGUGCGAAGAGGCAGCAUUGGAGGCUGCACUGGAAGCAGAUAAAGCUAGAUUACUGCGGCAGUUACGAGUCAUGGAAUCAGAUAAAAGAGCUUAUGCAGAAGAAACUGGAAAUAUCAUAAGGAAACAAAAAAGUCAGAUUAAGACUCUACUGAGAGAGGAUAAAGAAUUGGGUACAGUUCUAAAAUUAGCACAGAGUGACAAGAACUGUAACCUAGAUGAGAACAACACCUAUAUAUUACAACAUCUUGUCGAGUUGAAGGAUGAAUAUGAACUUGCUGGUGAAGAAGAAAAGAAGAAAAUUGCAGAAUUGGAUGUUGAGAUUAAGAAAAUGGAAAAGGAGUUAGCUCAACAAAGAAAAGCGAAUGGUUCGGAUACUUGUGUAUCAGCUGAGAUGAUGAUACGUAAAAGAACAAGAGUGUUGGAGAACAGAUUAGGCCAGAGCACGGUUAAGUUUAACGAACAACUUGCUAUCAAUACCAAACAACGUAAAUUAAUUGACCAUUCUAGACAAGAGAGAAACCUCUUUACUAGUAUCUUUAAUAAGUUGGACAAAGAACUUCAACAACUUAGAAAAGAAAUGUCUCAAUUUAUUGAAGAAGCUUCACAGGCUUAUGAACAGAGAGAUGAAGCUUACAAUAAAAUGGUGGCACUAAAAGAACGCAGUGAGAAAGAUCAAGCUCAGUAUGAUUUGGAAAUGAAAGAAUUACAAAGAUUCAUUGAUCAUGAUAAUAAGCUGAAAGAAUUUAUGAUGAUUAAAGCUAAUGAUAGAGCUGAAUUCAAGGAGGAAGAAGAAGCCAAGAAAAAAAAAUCUGAAACAGCUCAGAUAGAGACGUACGAAGAAGCUGCUCAAGAAAUCAGAAACAUCACUGGAGAGCAGGAUUUUGCAGCUAUUACUUCAGAAUUUCUCAGAAAAGAAAACGAAAACUUUGCCUUGUUCAGUUUUGUAAACGAGUUAAACAACGAAGUGGAAAAACUCCAAGAAGACAUAAGUACAACUAAACAGGAAAUACAAAGAUUUGAAGAAGAUGACGUCAAGAUGGAAGCCGAAAGAAGAGAUUUUCUGUUAGAAUUUGAGACGCAAAGCAAAAUAGCUAAACAAGAGACAGAGCUGGCAGUAUCAAGAAUCAGUGAAUGUUCCGAUAAAUUAAACAAACUAACAGAAGGAGUCAACUCUUUAUUUAGUGGUUUAAAAUGUGAUAGCUCUGCUAUCAAGGAAAUGUUGGGAAGUGAAGACGGAGUUACAGAGAAAAAUAUCUUGCUCUACAUGGGAAUCAUUGAACAUCGUACCAUGGAGUUACUGCAUAUAAUACAUUACAUCGAUAUGAAGGUUUGUAAUGAGUAG